AACUGGAGUUGGAGCCAGUCGUCCCCGCUCAUGCGCAGAGUGGCAGAGAGACAAAGGUUUCCAUUAUCUGUGCUUAUGUUAGAUUGAACAGCUGUGGUGUAUAUGAAUUUCGUUUCAAAAUUUGAUGGAUAACGUUUCCGAGGCAUCAUUCAUGUGGGAAAAUGUUCAGUGAAUGUGGAUACAUCAUAUAUCUUCUCCUGUUGAUUCCCUACAUUGAGAGUGCCCAGCGCGCUCAGCGCCUGAACGAGUACGUAUCCCACUUCGAGGGGCUCCAAUACGACACGGACCAUGUCCACCGGAGCCACCUCCGCGCCAAACGUUCGGUGACGACCGAGGACGCCGUGCACCUCAAGUUCCGGUCGCACGGCCGCUUCUUCCACCUGCGCCUCAAACGAGACCUGGAGACUUUCGACGACAAUGUGGAGAUAGUGGGCAGCUCCGGCCGCCCCGAGAGAGUGGACCUGUCCCACAUUUACUCGGGACACAUUCAAGGGGAACCGGGGAGCCAAGUUUUUGGUUCUGUCUCCGAUGGAGUUUUUCAUGGAAAGAUCAUAUCUCCCCGUGAUGGUGACUUCUAUGUGGAGAAGGCGCAUUAUUACUUCCCCAAAGAAGCCAACAACACCUUUCACUCAGUCAUCUAUCACUCAAAAGAUGUCAAUGAUCCUUAUGCUGAAAGGCGCUCAGGACACAGUAGCGGUUGUGGUGUAACAGACCACUGGAUGGAACAGGUGCAAAAUUCUUUUGUUCCUGAAGAGCCAGCACAAGCUCCUUCAAAAUUAAAGCAUAAGAAGGUAAAAAGUACUUCAAGGGGAAGCAAUGAUGUCAGAAAACCACCUCCACCAUCUCAAAAGCCAACAGAUCAAUUCCGGUUUCAGUAUGAGACUCCAUUUGAGAAGUAUUCAAAGGAAAUGAAUGAUCAUAGCCGCACAAAAAGAGCUGCACAAGCAAAAGAGGAAAUCAAAAAUACUUGUUCACUCUUUAUUCAAACAGAUCCUCUCAUCUGGAGGCAUAUCCGUGAUCAGGUUGGAAACAAUCCAGAGAAAAUUCGGGAGGAGAUUUCAUCGCUUAUUGCACACCAUGUAACAGCAGUUAAUUAUAUUUACCGAGAUACUAGAUUUGAUGGCCGAAUGGAACAUCGAAAUAUUAAAUUUUUUGUCCAGAGAAUUAAGAUCGAUGAUGAUGCAUCAUGCAAGACUAACAUCUCAAAAUUUGAGCCUAGCCCAUUUUGUAUGGAAAACAUAGAUGUGAGCAAUUUCCUAAAUCUUCAUUCCUUAGGAGAUCAUGAGCUCUUCUGCCUUGCUUAUGUUUUUACCUACAGAGACUUCACAGGGGGCACCCUUGGUCUAGCAUGGGUAGCAUCUGCUUCAGGUGCCUCUGGAGGUAUUUGUGAAAAACACAAAAUGUACACAGAAACUGUUGGGGGAACCUAUCAGUCCACCAAACGCAGUUUGAACACUGGCAUUAUUACUUUUGUCAACUAUAAUAGCCGUGUGCCUCCUAAAGUAUCCCAACUAACACUAGCUCAUGAAAUUGGGCACAAUUUUGGGUCUCCACAUGAUUAUCCACACGACUGUAGACCUGGUGGUUUGGAUGGCAACUAUAUCAUGUUUGCAUCGGCCACUAGUGGUGAUCGUCCCAACAAUAGCAAGUUUUCACACUGCAGUGUUGGAAACAUAAGUAAUGUUUUAGAUGCAAUAUUUGAGAAUAAAAAGAAGAACUGCUUCCAAACUUCUAAGGGGGCAUUCUGUGGAAACAAAAUUGUGGAGGCUGGAGAAGAAUGUGAUUGUGGCUAUGAUGAAAAAGAAUGUAAGGAUCAUUGCUGCUACCCUCGUUUGAUAUCUGAAGAAGAUCAUAAGCUAAAUAAAAGUGCAGUGAUGUGUAAGAGGAGAGCUAAUACUCAGUGCAGCCCCAGUCAAGGUCCCUGUUGCUCAGGAGAUACUUGCUCUUUCGUCCCGCAAAGCUUUAACCAAGAGUGCAGAGCUGAAACCAACUGUAGUUGGAAUUCUCAUUGUGAUGGCAGAAGUGCUGAGUGUCCUGAUCCUUCUCAUAAAGCCAACAAAACCCGGUGCAAUGAAGAUACACAGUUGUGUAUUAAUGGUGAGUGUUCUGGGUCCAUCUGUCUGGAGUGGAACCUCACUGAGUGUUUCUUAACAUCAUCACUUAUACCCAACAUUGACAAGCGUCAGUUAUGUGUACUGGCUUGUCAAAAUGGUACAAAUGUAACUUCAUGUAGAAGUACUAGUGAAUUUGCCCACCAGGUGGGCCUUCCUCCUGGUGGCAUAAGCCUGAGACCAGGCUCGCCCUGUGAUAAUUUUCAGGGAUAUUGUGAUGUCUUUUAUAAAUGCCGUGCUGUAGAUGCUGAAGGUCCUCUAGCACGGCUGAAGAAUAUGCUUUUCAAUAAGCAAACAUUACUUUCUGUAGCCCAGUGGAUUACAGAAUAUUGGUGGGCUGUCCUUCUUAUGGGUAUCACCUUCAUCAUCUUUAUGGCCAUUUUUAUCAAGUGCUGUGCUGUGCACACACCAUCUUCUAAUCCAAAGAAACCACCAGCUAGACGUUUUUCAGAAACUCUGAGGAGACCAAUGAACACACUUAGGAGAAUGCAUCGGCACCGCCAGCGGGGUACAGCAGGGCAAACCAUGGUGAGCUUUAUGCCGGAGCAUACAGUAGCUCGAGCUCUGGACCAUCGUCACGUAAUGCCAAUGCCUUCGAGAUGCGUCACCACAAAGUCUGAUAGGUCAACCAAUUACCAUCUUGUUCCAGACCAUAGCCACCACCGGCUAGCCGGCAGGUGUUUGAUGUCUGGAAAUCCAAGCAACCAGUUACCUACUGUGGACCAACACCAUGGUUACCACCGGUCUUCAUAACUACCAAAAGUGGGUUGUUGGGAAGAUCCAUUUUAUCAUCUCUCCUGUUGUGUGUGCUACACCAAUUCUACAGUUAGGUUACGGUUCUAGGCUUGGACAACUUCACUGCCUCAGUAUUAGUGUGAGUGUUUUCUUCGCCAAGCUUCUGUCUGCUGAACUGUGCAUAACCUGAUCUUGUGAGUGUGACUGGCUCAUCCACACUUUAAAACUGAAGUUUUUAUCUGAUUGCCAAGUCACUUCUGUCCUGUUUCAUCCUGCUCAGAAUGAUACCAUUGGGUUUGGAAGACAUUGUAGAUUAGAUUCUAGGAUUUUGAGGAACCGUUUUCAUUGCCCUUAAAUGCUCUCAUAAGUGUCUGGCUCUCUCAAGUUGCCUCAUUUAUAAUGGUUGCCUUAAGAAAUCUCCUGUAUUUUAGUUUAAUUUUUUUCUUAAAGUUUAAGAGAAUGCAUUUUCACCACUUUUUUUAGAUUGAGAAUUAUAUACUUAAGUAUUACAGUAAAUGGCAGGUUCCAGGCUAUGUUACUCAAGUGUAACCAGGGUGUAACUCUUGAACAGAUCAAGCAGAACAUUACUCAGGAAAGAAAGGAUGAAAGUUUCAUCAGUUCUUUUACAGAACCAAAGAGAAAGAUGAACAAAAACCUUAAGCUUAACUAAAACAAAAAAAAAGCAAUUUAAUAAAAAGAUGUUUUACGAAACAUCUAGAAUGCUGUCUCUCCCUCUCCUCUUUCCCCUUAUAUGAGCAUAUAAAAAGGGUGUGGGGAAACUAAGACUAGACUUGACUCACAUUAAGGCAGGUUAAGAUUCAUCUAAUUGUGACCAUUCUGACCAUCUUUUUCACAUGGAGGAUGGCCAUUUUUUUUCUGAAAUCCAAAUGCCUUGAAAAAAUGCAAGCCGCAAGACUGCCUUUUCUUCUCAUGCUGAAGUAAUGAAUCUUGAAAGGUUCUGUUGCACUGCCAACAUGAUUACUGCCUUAGAUUAUGGUAUGAAAUCAUUUAUUAAGUUUAGUGAAAACAUAAUUGGCAAGAUAACCUUAAGACUGAAUAUUUUGCACAUAAGUGGCUUGACAAGGCUUGCUGUGUGUUUGAGUGUGUUCACACUUCACAAUGCCUUAGGUUUGUGAGAAGAAUUUCACAGUUCAGCAGGACAGGAUGUACUCCCGAUGUAUAUAGAAAGAGAAUGCAAUGGACAAUAUUUUGCAAUGGUUUUGAGAGACUGAAGAGUGUACAGAUUGUUGAUCUUCCUAGCUCUCAUAUAAAAGAAAAAAUGCGUGCUCUGUGAUUUUGUAAUUAAUCUUAAGUAGAGCUGGACUCAAAAUGGUACACAGCAUAUUAAAUAAAGGCAUACACGUAAGAGUAAAUGAUGAUGUUAUUAUAGGUAUGUUAAGGAUGUAUGUGUGUGAUUUUGUGCAAUUUUUGCUGACGUGUGAUUUUCAUUACAAAAAACAAAUUUCAACUUUAGUCACUUUUUUUUUAAACUGUCGUCAACCAAUUUUACCCUUAAGCAAGACGCUUGGAUCUCUUUGUGUGUUGUUUUUUUUUUUUUUAGAGAGAAAAAAAUACUAAACUAAACCAUACAUGCCUGCAACGAUCAUGUUGUUUCUUUAUUUAACAUUUUAUAUUUUGUUUUUUAUGUAAUUUUACCACUUUAAUUUGUAAUAUGUUGUAACCUUUCCCUCCAAUUUACAAACUACAUAAAGUGCUGUUAGAAAGCUGUUUGUGGCUUUCUACUUCACUCAAGCUCCAAUUGAGAUGAGUAUUAGUCAACUGUCUGUCUUGUUUGGUGUUUGCUCAAGUAGGACCCAUUCACUGCUGUACCCUUUCCCAAGAAUGUAAAUGUGUACUGUUAUAUUCUAUCAUAAAUCUAUUGUAUGUAUAUGAUGCUGUACAAAGAGGGGCUAAGGUGUUUUUGUGUCAUUUGAGUUUAUGCUGGUGUUACAAAUAGCAAAUAUCAGUGAUUUGAAUCCCAUCUUGAUUUAGCUCAUAUAGAAUAAUUAAAAGUGCUUCAGAGUGAAGCUUUAAAAGAUAAUA